UAAAUAAAUAAAAUUCACAUAAUUCUGAAUCAAAAACCAAAUAAAGAAUGUAUUAAGAAUAGUCUAUUUCAGGAGUUUAUUUGAGCAGAUAAAUCAUUAAAGAUAAUGAAAUUCAGAUGGGAUUGGUAUAGUCAAUUCAAUUUCUUUGUGUUUCAGCUUACAUAGUUCAUACAAAUAUUGGUAAGUUAAGCUAAUAGAUAAAAAAAAGAAUAAAUAGAUUAGGCGAUAAACAGAUAAGAGCACAGAUGAAGAAUACACAAAGAGUACAAGAACAAUACUAAACAAGGAUACGGAUAAAAGUGAUUUAUAUGUCACAUACUGUCAAAAUUGUUAAUACAUGUUCAAGAGUAAAAAUAACAUAGCCACUAAUGAAAUACUAAAAUGAUGAUAGUUAUUUUUUUCUAAUCUCUACUCAGAAUUCAAAUAAAAUCUUACUCAAAACUCAAAUGCCUGUUGAUGCCGAAAAUAUUAUUUGAACACUGAGUCGGAAUUUAAUGGUAAUCAUUUAUUAAAAGUCAAAUGGAUAUCCAGUGUCAUUUAUUAGUAACUGACUAAUUCCUGAACUGUUCAACUCAAUAAACCAAUGUUUUUUUCAAAAAUAAUGUUAUUGGUGAUGAAACUAAUUCCUAAAAUAUUUAAUAAACAAAAUUUAUUCAAAUGAGUUUCUGCGAUUAUUAUUGACUGUAUUCUUCUGUGGUUUCGUUUUGUGUCAAAUGGUGAAUAGCCAAUACAGAGAGGCAGAGUUUAAUCAUGCAGAUCCUGAUGGAUAUAAUGCAUUAUAUGAAGAAGAUCCUAAUUACAUUCAAAAACGUGUUCAAUUUCUACGUCUCGGUAAAAGAUUAGCCAGGAAAUCUGCAUAUCCUUAUGUUGGUUAAACAUUAUGCUGAUUUCUUUAAAAGAUGAUAAAAAACAACUGUUUAACAAAAAUACAAAUUUUUAAAAUGAAACUAAAUUAAUAUAUAAGUAAUUAUUUACGAAA